UUUAUUUGCACCAACACACUUGCACUUCUACUAGUGUAUGUAAGUCACUCCACAUAAAAAUGACUCACAACCACGUGAUAGUUUCACUCCUUUUGUUCCUCCCCUUAUUUGUACACAUUUCUCACUCACAACCUAUCCCAGAUCUUUGCCACCCCCACGACAAAAAUGUGCUCCUCCGUAUCAAAAACCACUUCCACAACCCGUCCUCGCUUUCGUCGUGGGACCCAAAUACAGAUUGUGCUGGAUGGAAUGGAGUCCAAUGCAACAUUCAAGGCCAUGUCACUACACUCCAAAUCACUGAUGCCGAAGAUAUCCAUGGCUCAAUACCGCCUUUCUUGGACCAACUUCAAUUCCUUACUACGCUUAACUUUUAUAAAUUACCCAAUCUUUCCGGCCCAAUACCAUCGUAUAUAGGUAAACUCACUAACCUCACUAUGUUUUUUAUCACUGAAACCAAUGUGGCCGGCCCAAUCCCUGAAUUCUUGGGCCAACUUACGAACUUGGACCAACUCUAUCUCAACUCCAAUAAGUUCACUGGGCCGAUCCCUAAUUUUCUAGCCCAACUCAAGAACUUGAUGUAUCUCGACCUCUCUUCCAAUUUACUCACCGGCCCAAUUCCUGUGGGCUUGGCCAAACUAAACAAUCUCAAAGUCCUUUCUCUUAGCUCAAACAAAUUGUCGGGCCAAAUACCCGACUUUAUAGGCCAACAACUCAAACAACUAGCAGUGCUACAACUUAAUUUCAAUUCUUUGUCAGGCCCAAUUCCAGCAUCUUUGGGCUUAUUGUCCAAACUCCAAACCAUUGAUCUCACUGGGAACAAAUUAAGUGGCCCAAUUCCAAAGUGGUUGGGCCGUGGUAAUUUGUAUUUUAUUUCUGUUGGUCAAAAUAAAUUGAGUGGUGAUGCGUCAUUUUUGUUUGAAAAGACAAACACCAACAUUCUUAGUGUGCGAGUUGAGUACAAUCUUUUGAAAUUUGACUUCACAAAGGUGGAUUUAGCACCAAGUUUAGUAGGCAUGAAUAUAAGUCACAAUAUGAUAUAUGGGUCUCUUCCUAAACGAUUCGGGCUGUUACGGCCCGAUGAUAUUGAUGUGAGUUAUAAUGAACUUUGUGGUCCAAUUCCUAAUGGUAGACGUUUUAAACGGGUUAACUCGAACAUAUUUGCACAUAAUAAGUGCCUUUGUGGUGGCCCAUUUCCUGGCUGCAAUUCGUUCGUAAAUGGUACCAUGAUUACUCUUACUGUGACUGAGUUUGCUCAGAUUUUAGGCGUACCUUGCUCGGGUUUUUCGGAAUUACCUCAUCAAUCAUGGCCGUUGUUGUCGGGAAUUGACAACGCCACGAUUAGCCGGACCUUAUCAGAUCAGCCCCUCACUCAUGCCCAAAUUUUUUCGGUUUCCCGUCUUUCUGCUCCACAUAAGCUGCUUCGUAACAUGAUUACCAAGUCUGUUUUGCCUCGCAUUGAAAACCGUGGUGAAUGUCUCAUUAUGGACCAGUAUUCACUUUGCUCAUUUACAAUUAAUUUACAUCAAAACACUUGCACUUCUACUAGUGUAUGUAUGUUGUUCCACAUGAAAAUGACUCAAAACAACGUGAUAGUUUCACUCAUUUUGCUCCUCUCCUUGUUUGUAAACAUCUCUCACUCACAACCUCUCCCAGAUCUUUGCCUUCCCCACGACAGAGAUGUGCUCCUCCGUAUCAAAAACCACUUCGGCAACCCAUCAUCACUUUCGUCGUGGGAUCCAAAUACAGAUUGUGCUGGAUGGAAUGGAAUUCGAUGCAACAUCCAAGGCUAUGUCGAAGUGGUACAAAUCACGGAAGCCCAAGAUAUCCAUGGUCCAAUACCGCCUUUCUUGGACCAACUUUCGUCUCUUACUGUCCUCUACUUUAAAACACUUCCUAAUCUUUCAGGCCCAAUACCAUCCUACAUUGGUAAGCUAACUAAACUCAUUGAACUUUCUAUUUCCGAAACCAAUGUAGCCAGCCCAAUCCCUGAAUUCUUGGGCCAACUUACAAACUUGAACCGACUCUACCUCACCUCCAACAAUUUUACUGGGCCGGUACCCAAUUUUCUAGGCAAGUUAAAGAACUUGAUUCAUCUCGACCUCUCUUCCAAUUUACUCACCGGCCCAAUCCCUAUGGGCUUGGGCAAACUAACCAAUGUCGAAAUCCUUGCUCUUAGCUCAAAUAAAUUAUCGGGCCCAAUACCCAAAUUUAUAGCCCAAAAACUCAAAAAACUAGUAGUACUACAACUCGAUUUCAACUCUUUGUCGGGCCAAAUCCCAUCAUCUUUGGGCCUUUUGCCCACUCUCCAAACUGUCGCUCUUACCGGGAACCAAUUAAGGGGGCCGGUACCAACAUCGUUGGGCCGCGGUAAAUUAGCCUUUCUUUAUCUUGGUCAAAAUAAAUUGAUAGGAGAUGUCUCAUUUUUGUUCCAAAAAUCCAACAACAACAUCCUCAUUUUAGAAAUUCAAGACAAUCUUUUUAAGUUUGAUUUCACAAAUGUGGACCUUGCCCCAAGCUUAUCAAUGUUGAACAUGAGCCAUAAUAUGAUAUAUGGGUCUCUCCCUUUACGAUUCGGGUUAUUGAGCCCGGAUUCUGUUGAUGUGAGUUAUAAUCAACUUUGUGGUCCGAUUCCAAAUGGUCGACGUUUUAAACGGGUCGACCCAAUCAUAUUUGCUCAUAAUAAGUGCCUUUGUGGUGGCCCUUUACCGGGUUGCAAGUAACAAUGAGUGUUUGUCAUUGUCAAAUGAUUCAAGGCUUUCUUGUUAAGUUGGUGUUUAUGUUUGACUAAGCAAUUGAGUAAUGAUUUACUGUACUCCCUCCGUUUCAAAAUAUAAGGCACGCACGACAUUUGAGAUCGAGUUUUGACUGUUAAUUGCUCUCAAUAUAUGUUGAUAGAAAAAUUUAAAAAAUAGUUAUAGCAUUUUUCAAGACGAAUCUAAUGUUAUAAUUUUUAUAAUUUUAAUAUAUCAUAUUAUGAGAGAUAUUUGUGGUUAAAGUAAAUUUUCGUAAAACGUGAAUAAUUUAUAUUUUGAGACAGGGAGAGUAGUAGCUAGUAAGUCACAAAGUCCACUGUUGACUAAGUGUUAUGUAAGAAAUACAAUUAUAAAUUACAUUCAACGUACUAAUGAUUGUCAAA